AUGAAAUUCAAGAAAAUUAAUUCAUUGUUGGUGAACCAUGUGCGGACCGCAAUGAGUCGGUAUUUACAGACUCAACCUAAUUGGGCCGACGCAUCGCUAUUUUUGACUAUGAGCCAAUAUCGACAUUUGUUACUAAUAAAGGAUGAAACUGGUAUUCCCGGCAGUUUCAUUCAAAUACCAAACAUUUUACAUAAUGUGUACAGUGUAACAAGCCUAGAUGAUAAACAGAUUCCAUUAUUUAGGAUGGUACUGAGGUUGGUUCUCGAUGGUCGAUACCUCAUAUUGUCAGACUGCAGUGACGGAGUUACCUUUUUAUUGGGUCAUCGUACUGAAUCCCCGAUUUGGGGUGAUAUAAGAGCAGUUGCUCUUAAUUAUAACUAUGGACCGGUUAAAGGUUUCAGUCUAAACACAUCAAAAGCAAAUGCCAUAUGUGAUAAGUUGGCGAUCGACAGUUAUUCCAAGAUUGACAAGUUGGUUGGGAAGCGUUGGAAGAUUUAUUACGCUUGGAACCUCAAUGAUAAGCUGGUGGACAACUGCAUGGAGAUCAUGUUUAAGAAUGCUACUCCAAUGAUAAUAAAUCGAAUUUGGAACGAUAUGUAUGAGUAUCUAGAAAGUCAGCCAUCAUGGGUAGCGGCCACUUUACUGAUGUCUAAAACACCACACCAGGAGAUGCUGCUCUUUGCAGAUGAACAAAUUCCUGGCAGAUAUAUUGGGGUAGCCAAUAUCGUGCGCUCAGAAAAAGUUAGACCGCACAAAAAGUCAGUGCCACUAUUUAAGAUCCAGAUGAGGCUGUACUUAGAUGGUCGAUAUCUUCUCUUAGCAGACUGUAACAUAGGAGUCAUAACACUGUCAGUGCACCAAACGCCAUUCCGUGGAGAAAUGGAAAUCGCAGGAGUAGCAGAUUCUUUACAUUUAGGUUACGUGAUUUACUUCUUGAUAAAAGACACUAUAGCAAUUGAAAUCGAAGUAGACGAUGGUGUCAAAAUACGAAAGGAACCAAUAACUGCUUCACCAAAGGAAGAUCCUGAUGAUCCAAAACCAACAAAAGCGGCGAUACCUGAGGAACCUCAAUUUCCGCAUAACUGGUCUGAUAUUAUGGUUAAUACGACCAGUUGUGAUGAAUAUCUAGCUAAUGUUACAUUCGAUCCUUUUAAAGUGCUUGAUAUUGACUGGAAAAUAUGGUAUUAUUGGAAUCAACAUUUUGAAGAGAGCUAUGAAAUAAAAUUUAGUAUACCUUCAAGAACUUUAGUAGACCGCUUCAGAGUGGAAUUAGAUGAUGAAAUAAAACCAAGAGUGGAAUGGGAUGACGCAAUACUUUUCAUGGAAACAUCCAUUGACUUCAGUGCCCUGUUCAUUAAAACUGCAAAAGAUGGCCAAUUCAGAGUCAUCCCUUCUCUUGCUUUUGAGUUUUCUAGAUUACCAGAAGUCAUAUUUGGAAUGAAGGUAAUUGAACCAUACGGCUACUUGGCUCUGUUAAACUGCAAGUAUCGUAUCUGCUACGCACUCGCGCCUGUAAACAACAUGCCAUAUUAUGGAAAGUAUGAAGAAGAAGCAAAAAAGAUAGGUUUUCGUGGUGAGUUUGGGCGCUCCUACAUAACAAUAUCGCCAGCUCCACCACCUAUGGAGUUCGAAGACGACCUUGGAGGGCUUCAUGAUGAUGACGAAGAAGAUAUUCACCUGGAGAUUCAAAAACAGUUCAAUGAUAAAAUGCAAAGCGUUUUGGUUUAA